GGCGUUAUCAGAUAGGCUGCAUCCUGAUACAGUGGGGGAUUUCCUUAUCUGCUGUAAUCUGCGCUGAAGUGAGCGAUGAAGGUUCUGGUGUUGUUGCUGGCCUUGGGCCUUUUGGGCUGCUGUGCGGUGGAGGUGAAAAGGCCGCGGGGGGUUUCCUUGUCAAACCGGGGUUUCUAUGACGAUUCCAAACCAUUCACAUGUUUGGACGGAUCACAAACUAUUCCCUUUGACCAUGUAAAUGACGAUUACUGUGACUGUGCAGAUGGCACUGAUGAACCUGGUACAGCUGCAUGUACCAAUGGGAAAUUUCACUGCACUAACGCUGGUUACAAGCCACAGUACAUACCAGCUUCACGCGUCAAUGACGGUAUCUGUGAUUGCUGUGACACCACAGAUGAGUAUAACAGCGGAGCCCAAUGCCAGAACACGUGCAGGGAAAUGGGAAGGAAAGAAAGAGAGGAGCUACAAAAGCAGGCAGAGGUAGCCAGAGAAGGUUUUCAUCUGAAGCAACAGCUGAUUGAAGAUGCCAAGAAAGGAAGGGAAGAGAAGCAGGUAAAACUGCAGGACAUGGUACUGAGGCGCCAAGAUUUGCAGCUACAGGUAGACAAUCUGCGACUGGAGAAAGAAGAAGCAGAAAAGCCUGAGCAAGAGGCAAAGGAGGUGCACAAGAAGAAAUGGGAAGAAUGGAAGGAAGCUGAGAAAGCAGAGACUGAUAAGCGGAGAGGAUUGGAGGCAUUUACAGAGCUUGACCAGGACUCAAAUGGCAUGGUGUCUGCUCCUGAGCUGACGUCUCACCCAGAGCUAGAUACUGAUGGCGAUGGCACUCUGUCGGAAGCCGAGGCACUGUCUCUUAUUGGAGGAUCAUAUUCAUUAGAUUUUGGUAGUUUCCAGGAUACAGUGUGGCCCCAGAUCAAAGAGAAGUACAAGUCUGAGGUGGUAGUCCCACCACAUCCCCAGGUAGAGGAGGGAACUGAGUCUCACCCUGAAAUUCCUACAGAGGAAGAUGAGGAUGAAGAAGAAGGUGAUGAUGGAGAAGAUGAGGAGGAGGAAUCAUAUGAAGAACACAGAGCACCACCUACCAAGGUACCGGGGGAGGAGCCAGAUAUGCCGCCAUAUGAUGAUGCCACCCAGACUCUGAUAGAUGGUGAUUGCUCAAAAGCUCGGUCGCAGUUUGAUGAAAGCUGAAAAGAAUCUUUGCGUGAAAUGGAAGAUACAUUCAGGUGACUUAAAAAGGAAAUUUCAUUUGAUUUUGGAGCAAAUGGAGAAUUCUCAUAUCUAUAUGGAGAGUGCUAUGAACUUUCAACUAGCGAGUAUAUAUAUCGCUUAUGUCCAUUUAAUCGUGUAACACAGAAACCAAAGCAUGGAGGAUCUGAAACCAAUCUUGGGAUAUGGGGAUCUUGGGCAGGACCAGAGGACAACAAAUUCAGUAUCAUGAAAUACGAGCAAGGAACAUCUUGCUGGCAGGGACCAAGCCGCUCAACACAGGUGAAGCUGUCCUGCGGUAAGGAGACUAUAGUCACCUCCACAUCUGAACCAAGCCGCUGUGAGUACCUAAUGGAGUUCUUCACACCUUCUGCCUGUCACCCACCACAGGAGCCACUGCCAGACGACCAUGAUGAACUUUGAGACAAAUUCUACAGACGCAGAUUUGUCAGGAUACUACUCUGCUGCUGUCUGCAGGGACCCAAAGACUCCAAAGCGACAGAACAUGGCAGUCGCCUCAACCAAACCCUACCAUACUACUAUCCUGACACGGCCUAUCUACCUUCUAUCUCUUCCAAACAAGACACUGAGAACCAGAAGACACAUUCCAUCCUUCCUUUACCUUUUCUUAUUGGACCUCAUUGCCACAUGCUGUACAUAUUAGUUGGCUAUAGUUUUAAUAAAUAAACUACAUGACUCUUCCAUA